ACAGAGGGACAGCAUCUUUUCAUAUCCCAGUUUUCUCUUUCCCUCAAAGGGCUUCCUUUCAUCGAAAUUCCCACAAAAUAAAGAAAAAGGAGAAGAAGAGAAAGGUUUUAGAUCUUUUCUGGGCUUUCUCUUCCUUCCAUUUUCUGCUCUCCUCUCUUUCAGUUCUUAGAGAAGGAGAUAUAGAGAGAGGAGGAUUUCAAAUCUCGUGGUUGUUGUUAUUUAUCUAUUAUUUUUCAGUUUAUUGGGUUUUUUAUUUUUGUGAACUGCCCAUUAUAUAGAGAAAGAGGAAGAAAGAAGAAGAGGGUUUCAGAUCUUCUGUGUUUUCCUUUUUUACAUUUUCUAUAUAAGGAAGAAAGGAGUUUCAGAUCUAUUUCGUUUUAGGAAGAAAGGAGUUUCAGAUCUAUUUCGGUUUUCUUUAUUGUUUUUGUUUUUUUCAUUAAAUAGCCAUGGUGGAAGAGAAUAGAAAGUACAUUUCCACGGAAGAGCUCCGAAAGCACGACAAGCCGGAUGAUGUUUGGAUCUCGAUCCAGGGCAAGGUCUAUGAUGUCACGGCAUGGGUGAAAGAUCACCCAGGCGGCGAACUCCCCCUCAUCAAUCUCGCCGGGCAAGAUGUCACCGAUGCAUUUGUCGCCUAUCAUCCGGGCACCGCCUGGAAAUACCUUGAUCGUUUCUUCAUUGGGCACCACAAAGAUUACCGCGUCUCUGAUGUCUCCAAGGAUUACCGUAAGCUCGUCGCUGAAUUCUCCAAAUUGGGUUUUUUCGAAAAGAAAGGGCAUGGGGUUGCCACUGCCAUCUGUUCGUUGAUCCUCAUGUUUUCUAUCUGUAUCUAUGGUGUUGUGGAGUCUGAGAAUUUCUGGGUUCAUUUGGGUUGUGCUGCAUUAAUGGGGUUCCUUUGGAUUCAAUGCGGUUGGGUCGGACAUGAUGCGGGUCAUUACAAUAUUAUGACGAGUGCAGGAAUCAACCGAUUCAUGCAGGUCUUUACAGGUAACUGCAUGACUGGAAUCAGCAUUGGAUGGUGGAAGAGAAAUCACAAUGCCCACCACAUCGCCUGCAACAGCUUGGAUUUUGAUCCAGACCUUCAGCACAUACCUCUUUUUGUUGUCUCAAACAAAUUCUUCAAUUCCCUGACCUCUUGUUACUAUGAUAGGAAGAUGAAAUUUGAUGCGGUUGCUCGAUUUUUCGUCAGUUACCAGCAUUGGACUUUCUACCCCGUCAUGUGUUUUGCUCGAAUCAAUCUCUUUGCUCAAUCUGUUCUGCUGUUGCUGUCAAAUAAAAAGGUCCCUGACAGAGGCCAGGAGAUUUUGGGGAUCAUCAUCUUUUGGAUCUGGUAUCCUAUCCUUGUCUCAUUUCUACCGAAUUGGGGCGAGAGGUUGAUGUUUGUUGCUGUGAGUUUUGGUGUCACAGGAAUUCAGCAUGUUCAGUUCACUCUCAACCAUUUCUCCACCCAUGUUUAUGUGGGACCGCCUUGUGGAAACGAUUGGUUUGAGAAGCAGACAAAGGGUACCCUUGACAUCGAUUGCCCUUCUUGGAUGGAUUGGUUCCAUGGGGGAUUGCAGUUUCAGAUCGAGCACCAUCUAUUCCCUCGGUUGCCUCGAUGCCAUUUUAGGAAGAUUAAGCCUAUCGUGAAGGCUCUUUGCAAGAAGCACAACUUGCCUUACACAGACCCGUCAUUUUGGCAGGCAAACGUGAUGACUGUUGGUACUCUUAGGAAUGCGGCAUUGCAGGCUCGAGACAUCACCAAACCAGUCCCCAAGAAUUUGGUCUGGGAAGCUGUUAACACCUAUGGUUGAAGCUUUACAGGACUGUUCUUGCAGCGAUGAGACCCACUUUCACGGGAAUUUUCUUUUCUCGAAUGGCUAGUCUAUUCAUCUUGAUAGAGAGGAUCAUCUUCGGUGGGGCGCAUCAGUUAUCUGUUUAUUGCUUUCUUUAGUUUCAGGCAACCGUUCUUAUGAAUAUAGUAUCAUAGUUUCGGCCUGCUCUUUGGAUAGAGAUUAUGAACUAUUUACACGUUUGUUUUUCGGAUCAUAAUAUAGUUCCUCUUUCUUUUGCAAUUGUCGCUAUGGAUAUCUAUUUCAUUUGAGGAAAAAGUAUUUAGCUGAA